UCUUCUCGCUGCUUAAACCCUAAACCUCUAUCUUCUCUAUUGCAACUUUUGCAGCACAAGCUCAGUUAUUUGAACAUUUCAUCAUAUUAUUGAAAGGAAACAUCCAUCUCGAAAUAAAAGCUAAUGAUUUUGCAUCAUUCUGCGUCGAUUCUCCAUUUUUACGGACUAUCAGUAUCAUCGACACCUAAGCUCUCAUCCUAUUUUAAGCGCUCACUUUCAGUUCUUUCUAAUUGUUCACCGUCCUCGUCUCCUAGAUUUCGCUUUUUAUGGCUCAAUCAACCAAAUGGGAAAUGGAUUCGGGGUUUCGUUACUAGUGCUGCUACUGUUGCAGCAGAUGGAAAAGGAGGGGACACAUUCUUCGCUGACGACACUGUUUCCUGGCGGUCUCUCGGUUUAUCCGAUAAAGUUUCCCGGGCUCUGUACAAUUCUGGAUUUGAUCGACCAUCUCUGGUUCAGGCUGCUUGCAUUCCAUCCAUACUUUCGGGGAAGGACGUGGUGAUUGCAGCAGAAACUGGUAGUGGUAAAACACAUGGCUACCUAGCUCCUGUAAUUGAUAAACUAUGCUGCGCACUUAAUGAUUCAGGGAAAACUGAUAAUAAUCAAGGAUCGAAUUCUCCCCAUAGGCUUUCCCUUGUACUUUGCCCAAAUGUGUUGCUCUGUGAACAAGUAGUCCAAAUGGCUAAUCGUCUCCUGGGUGAUGAUGGGGAACCACUUCUGAGAGUUACAAGUGUCUGUGGACGACAGGGUUGGCCAGUUAAUAAACCAGAUAUUAUUGUAUCCACCCCAGCUGCUCUUCUGAACAAUAUGGACUCUAAAAAACAGCGUCGCUUGGAUUUUAUUAGGGCUGUGAAAUAUGUAGUCUUUGAUGAAGCAGAUAUGCUUCUCUGUGGGAGCUUCCAGAAUCAAGUUAUUCGUCUGCUACACAUGCUCCGUUUUGAUGAAAAGCUAUUGUCUCAAACGAAUAGAUCUAGGCUUGAAGAUUCAACACAAUUAAAUUCCGAUUCUCCUUCACAUUCUGAUUUGGACAAUGAAGAAGACCUUCAAGAUGAUACCAUCUCUGAAGGGGAGGAAAUUUCUGAUAUUGACGCUAAUGUUGACUCAACAAUUGAAAUCGAAACUGUCUCAGAUAAAAGAAGAGACUGGAGGAGAGUGAGAAAGAUUUAUGAACGCAGUAAACAAUACAUUUUUGUUGCAGCCACCCUUCCUGUUAAUGGAAAGAAGACUUCUGGGGCAGUUCUGAAACAUAUGUUUCCAGAUGCAAAUUGGGUUAGUGGAACCUAUCUACAUUGUCAUAAUCCCAGGUUAAAGCAGAGGUGGAUUGAAGUCACAGUUGACAGCCAGGUGGAUGCACUCAUAGAGGCUGUGAACCAGCAUUUUGGACCUGGAGGGUUGGAUCAUGGCACUGAUAUAACUAGAACCAUGGUGUUUGCUAACACUGUUGAGGCUGUUGAAGCUGUGGCUAAUAUAUUGCAGAGAGCUGGGAUUGAAUGUUACAGAUACCACAAAGAUCAGUCAUUGGAGGAGCGUGCUAGAACCUUAGCUGAUUUCAAACAGAAAGGUGGAGUUCUGGUGUGCACCGAUGCCGCUGCACGUGGUGUUGACAUCCCUAAUGUUUCACAUGUUAUUCAGGCCGACUUUGCAACUUCUGCUGUGGAUUUCUUGCAUAGGGUGGGUCGCACAGCUCGAGCUGGCCAAUAUGGACUUAUCACUAGCUUGUACACACAUUCUAAUAGGGAUCUAGUUGAUGCAAUUCAUCAGGCUGCAAAACUGGGUCAACCUAUGGAAACAGCAUUUAGUAGGAAAAGAAGCUUCCGAAAUAAGCUUAAGAAGAGAGGUUCCGGCAAACUCAAGGAUGCAUCAAAUGUUGAAUUGACAAUGGCGUAAGAGUGUUAGUAUCUUGUCUGUCUUUUAGAUUAUCGCAAUUUUUGUACGUAACUUAGUUGUACUUAAUUCUUUAUAUCACAUGGAUUCUUCAGUUCAUGCAUUUUGUUGUGUAAAAGUUUUAAGUAUAUAAAAUCUAUUGAUUAGUUUUUUUUUUUCUAUCAAUAAAUCGAAAGGGAUAGCUCCUGUAUAUUCACUGUGUAAAUUUGUCGCGUACAACAACAGUGGUGGUCGAAAA